AUGGCCAAGCGUCCAUCCAACAUUGCCCUUGCUGGGGCAGCUGCAGGCGGCCUGGCUCUGCUGGGCAGCGCUGCCGAUGCCUUCGUCGCUGCACCCCGAGAGGCCAGUGCGCCCAGCCUCCGCGGCACCUCCACAUCCCAGGUGCAGGCUCAAGCCGCCAGCAGUUCGUCCUUCUCGGCUCUCGCUGCCGGUGGAGCUGUGGCUGCAGCAGCUGUGGCUGCCAGCCGAUCAGGACGCCAAGCUCGAAGCUCCGUCCUUCCUACAACCGUGGUGCCUGUCAAGGACAGCCGUGUGACGCGCCGGGCGCUGGAUCAGUCGAGCCGAUAUGCGGACCUUUCCCUGGACGAAGCCACGCUGAUCAAGCUCCUGGGCCUGGAGUAG